UGGGAGUUUGGAGCUCGACAGAGAGGGAGCGGGUCCGCUGGGGAAGCUGUAGAUCAUCGGCUGGGCUCUUCUCUGCUGGUCUCUCACUGUCUUCGCAGUUUGGCCGUGUCAACUCCGGCAUAUGUCCGCUCGGGUGCGUAGCUCGGCGGCUGGCUGCUGUUCAGCGGUGUUGUGUUGUCAGAUGAGAGAAUAGGCCAGGAACUUGUUCCCUUCCUUCCGCUGCUUCUCCAGUGUUUGCCUGGGCAAAUUAGCUGGCUAGCCCCGUUUCUCCCCUCACGAAUAGCUAAUAUAUUUCCCUCUCAUUCACAAACAUCGGCUGCGUUGACUCCUUACCUAACCCGUGUGACACUUUUUUUCUUCCAGCUCCCAUGCCGGUGUGGAUUUAAGUCAACCUGAAAUAUGAACAGAAGAAGAAAAUAAGGAGAGGAGACUGAUUUCCUGUGGGAAUCUACUCAGCCUUUUUUUUUUUUUUUUUUUUUUAACCCGAGGACAUGUCUACUCUAUGGAGCAAAACAGUGAGGGGCUAGCUGGUCGACACCCCGGCUAGCGCAACAUUUUCAGCCUUUUCAGAUGAUUGUCCAGCUGAGGAGUUAAUUUAUUUUGGACCUACUUGGAGUAAAAUAAAAAAAAAAAAAGAAGUCAGCAUGGGUGAGCCCAGCCUGGAUGACUCCAAUGUCAAGGUGGCUGUGCGGGUCCGGCCCAUGAACAGGAGAGAAAAGGAGCUAAACACAAAAUGUGUUGUGGAAAUGGCGAAGAACCAGACAAUCCUCCAUCCUGCUGGAGCCAACUUGGGAAAAGCAGACUCUCGAAAUCAGUCCAAGGUUUUUGCCUAUGACUAUUGCUUCUGGUCCAUGGAUGAAACGGAUAAGGAAAAAUUUGCAGGUCAGGAGGUGGUUUUCCAGUGCCUUGGGGAAAGUCUUCUCCACAACGCCUUCCAGGGCUACAACGCCUGUAUAUUUGCCUAUGGACAAACUGGGUCAGGGAAGUCGUACACCAUGAUGGGCUCAGGUGACCAGCCCGGGCUGAUUCCUCGCCUCUGCAGCGCUUUGUUUGAGCGAACCAAGGAGGAGCAGCGGGAGGAGGAGAGCUUUACCGUAGAGGUGUCCUACAUGGAGAUCUACAACGAGAAGGUCCGAGAUCUGCUCGACCCGAAGGGGGGCCGACAGGCGCUGAGGGUGAGGGAGCACAAAGUUUUGGGUCCCUACGUCGAUGGCCUGUCACGCCUAGCUGUAGCUAGCUACAAGGACAUUGAGUCUCUGAUGUCAGAGGGGAAUAAAUCUCGGACGGUCGCUGCCACAAACAUGAACGAGGAGAGCAGUCGAUCGCACGCCGUCUUCAACAUCAUCCUCACACACACACUCAAGGACCUGCGGUCUGGGACGAGUGGGGAGAAGGUGAGUCGUUUAAGUCUGGUUGACCUGGCUGGAAGUGAACGUGCAGCAAAAACUGGAGCAGCAGGAGAGCGACUGAAGGAGGGAAGCAACAUCAACAAGUCCCUUACUACACUUGGUCUGGUCAUUUCUGCGCUAGCUGAACAGGGAACGGCGAAGAACAAGACCAAGUUCGUUCCCUACAGAGACUCGGUUCUGACUUGGCUGCUGAAGGACUGCCUGGGGGGCAACAGCCGCACAGCCAUGGUGGCAACGGUGAGCCCGGCGGCGGACAACUACGAGGAAACCCUGUCGACGCUGCGCUACGCCGACCGAGCGAAGAACAUUGUUAACCAUGCUGUCGUCAACGAAGACCCCAACGCACGCAUCAUCAGGGAGCUGAGGGAAGAAGUGGAGAAACUGCGAGUGCAGCUCACUCAGGCCGAGUCGAUGAAAGCUCCAGAGCUGAAAGAGCGCCUGGAAGAGUCCGAGAAGUUGAUCCAAGAGAUGACCUACACCUGGGAGGAGAAGCUCCGAAAAACCGAGGAGAUCGCACAAGAACGUCAGAAGCAGUUGGAGAGUCUGGGGAUUUCCCUUCAGUCUUCAGGGAUCAAAGUUGGAGAUGAUAAAAGUUUUCUCGUCAACCUGAACGCGGAUCCCGCCCUCAAUGAGCUGCUGGUGUACUACCUAAAGGAACACACGCGUGUGGGCUCAGCAGACUCCCAGGACAUCCAGCUGUGUGGGAUGGGAAUCCAGGCAGAGCACUGCGUCAUCGACACUACAGCAGAGACUGCCGUCAUCCUCACCCCCCACCCCAACGCUCGGACGUGUGUUAAUGGUUCUCCAGUAACCACUGCUUUGCAACUUCAUCAUGGUGACCGAAUCCUCUGGGGAAACAACCACUUCUUCAGAAUCAAUCUGGCAAAGCGCCGUUCGCGGCCAGCAGAGGAAGAGGAGGGCGAAGGCGGCGUGUUGAAGAACAGCGGCAGCAGCGAGCAGCUGGACGCCGACGGUGACACGGCCAGCGAGGUCUCCAGCGAGGUCAGCUUCUCUUACGAGUUCGCUCAGACCGAGGUCAUGAUGAAGGCCCUGGGCAGCAAUGAUCCCAUGCAGGCAGUCCUCCAGUCUCUGGAGAGGCAACACGAGGAAGAGAAGCGAUCGGCUCUGGAGCGACAGAGGCAGAUGUACGAGCAGGAGCUCCAGCAGCUCCGCAAGAAGCUCAACCCAGACCGCCUGUCCACCGGCCAGCCUGGAGGACAGAUGUCUGUCCAGCCAGGGCAGGGACAGCAGUCUCACUACCGCAGCCUGGAGCGGCUCAGUGUGGGAGGGAUGAGCCACUCCACCAGCGCUCAGAGCCGACUGAGGCAGUGGAGUGAAGACAGGGAGGUGGUUUUGGUGAGGAGUCUCCGGAGGCUGAGGGAGCAGAUAGUGAGAGCAAACCUCCUGGUGCAGGAAGCGUGUUUCAUCUCCGACGAGCUGGAGCGCCACACCGAGUACAGAGUCACCCUGCAAAUCCCGUCAGACAACCUCAACGCAAACCGCAAGCGGGACGCAGUGCUCAGCGAACCGGCCAUUCAGGUUCGACGGCGGUGCCGAGGCAAACAGAUCUGGAGCUUGGAGAAGAUGGAGAACCGUCUGGUGGACAUGAGAGAGCUUUACCAGGAGUGGCAAGACUAUCACGUCCACCACCAAGACGACCCAGUAAUGCGUUCAUACUUCCGCCGAGCCGACCCGUUCUUCGAUGAGCAGGAGAAUCACAGUCUGAUCGGCGUCGCCAACGUUUUCCUUUCCUGUCUGUUCUACGACGUGAAGCUGCAGUACGCCGUUCCCAUCAUCAACCAAAAGGGAGAGGUCGCAGGACGCUUGCAUGUUGAGGUCAUGAGAGUGGGAGGGGGCUUGGAGGACAACAUGGCGGGAGGAGAUGAACCCGACAACAACCAGGACUCUGAAUUUGAGGAUCGCAAACUGGUCUGCUCGAUAAAGAUCCUGCAAGCCACCGGUCUGCCGCAGCACCUGUCCAACUUCGUCUUCUGUCAGUAUUCGUUCUGGGACCAAUCUGAGCCCACCAUCGUGGCCCCUGAGGUCGACCCAUCUUCCUCAUCGCCCAACUCAAAGGACCCGCACUGCAUGGUUGUGUUUGACAGCUGCAAGGAGGUGGCGGUGUCGGUGACGGAGGAUUUCAUCGAGUAUCUGACUGAAGGAGCGGUUGCCAUCGAGGUGUUUGGACACAAGCAGUCUGACGCAGGAAGAAACCCGGCCCUGUGGGACCUCAGCAUCAUCCAGGCCAAAACGCGGACACUACGAGACAGGUGGAGUGAGGUCACACGUCGCCUGGAACUGUGGAUUCAGAUCCUGGAAAUAAACGAAAACGGAGACUUUGUUCCGGUGGAAGUAGUUCCCGCCAGAGACGUGAGCACGGGGGGAAUCUUCCAGCUUCGACAGGGCCAGUCGAGGCGAGUCCAGGUGGACGUGCGCUCGGUUCAGGACUCGGGCACGAUGCCGCUGAUAGCAGAGAUUGUGUUGGCCGUGUCGGUGGGCUGCGUGGAGAUCAGGACCAGCACAGCAAACCAGGAAGGGGACGAGAUGGACAGCUACCAGGACAGAGAUCUGGAACGUUUGCGGCGGCAGUGGUUGGCUGCGCUCACCAAGAGACAGGAAUACCUGGACCAACACCUGCAGAGCCUGGUUAGCAAAGCAGAAAAGACAGAGGAUGACAUGGAGAGGGAGGCGCAGCUGCUGGAGUGGAGGUUGACUCUCACUGAGGAGAGGAACGCCGUCAUGGUGCCCUCUGCUGGCAGCGGCAUUCCUGGCGCUCCUGCAGAGUGGGCGCCUCUACCAGGGAUGGAAACACACAUUCCAGUCCUCUUCUUGGACCUUAAACCCGACGACUUCAACUCCCAUGAGCAGUUUGAAGUGCCUGAAGCCGGAGGCUGGGACGCCAUGUUGACUGGAGAAGACGAGGACGACUUCUUCGACCUGCAGAUUGUCAAACAUUACGAUGGAGAGGUGAAAGCCGAGGCGUCGUGGGACUCCACCGUCCAUGAGUGUCCCCAACUGAGUCGUGGCGGAUCGUGGCCGGAGCAGCGUGUCUACCUGACGGUGCGGGCGGUGGUCCAGCUCAGCCACCCCGCCGACAUGCAGCUGGUACUGAGGAAGAGGAUCUGCGUCAACGUCAACCCGGGUCGCCAGGGUUUUGCCCACAACUUCCUCAGGAGGAUGUCGACCCGCAGCACCAUACCUGGCUGCGGUGUCACUUUCGAAGUGGUUUCCAACAUUCCUGGGGAUGCUCCAGGUUCAGAGGACAGGGAGAUGCUAGCCCGGCUGGCUGCGAGCGCACACAACAGCCAAUCCGGAGAUGACGAGGCCGCCAUUGAGAAAUACCUCCGCAGCGUGAUGAGCCUGGAGAACAUCCUGACCCUGGAUAGACUCAGACAGGAAGUAGCAGUGAAGGAGCAGCUGACUGGCAAGGGGAGGAGUAACAGGAGGAGUCUGAGCUCUCCGUCUGUUCACAGGCUGUCUGGAAGUAGGCAGGACCUGUCCACGUCUUGCCUGUUGGAUGAUAAGGGUCGAUGGGAGAGUCAGCAGGAUAUCUUCAUGCCCACCCACCGCACUCUCCCUCGCCCGGCUUCAUCCCCGUCUACAUACUCUACCUCCCCCUCUUCAUCCACCAUGCCCUUCAAUAUGACCCCCCCACAGAACCAGGAACCAGAGCAAGGUCGUUUAGGACUUGCUGCCUCUUAUCUUUCAGUUAAGGCCCUGGUUCCUCAGAUGCCCAAACUGCUCAAGUCUCUGUUUCCUGCUCGGGACGACAAGAAAGAGCUCAGACCUUCGCCACACGGCCAGCAGCAGCAUGUGCCUCGCAUUGUUGCAUCAACGGGAGGGGACGAUAGCAGAGGCAAGCCUGAGACGGCUGUUGUCCCAUCACCCGCUGCCAAAGACCGAAGGGCCGAGUUUCCGGACGUCCCUCCUCUUCCUGUGCAUGACCCGCAUGACACCACCCCCCUCAGCCCCCUCAGCCAGUCGUCGAGCGGGUAUUUCUCCGCUAGCGUUUCCACGGUUACCCUGUCCGACGUCCUCCAACCCUCCUCGUCGUCUUCGUCCCUCCUGGGCGCCGACGCGGCGUCACCCUCAAACCCCCAACAGCAGCAGCAGGGCGCUGAUAGGAACGAUGUUGUGACCUCUCCCCCCCAGUGCGGCGCCAAGAUGGCCGUCGCAGCGUCCAAUCACAACAACAGCAUCCCGGCAGAGCUCUCCUUCUCCAACCAGAAGCUAGUUGAAGGCUUUGAGCGGCUGGAGAUCUUUGUGGAUGACGGCGACGGCCGCGGUCAUGACGACGUGCCGCCCGACUGGCUGGCGGAGGGCGCGUACGUCACCGUAGGAAGCAACAAGGCCGGAACUGUGCGCUACGUGGGGACGACGCAGUUCGCCGACGGAGUGUGGGUGGGCGUGGAGCUGGACACCCCAAUAGGUAAGAACGACGGGUCAGUCGGAGGCCACCGAUACUUCCUCUGCAAACCAGGAUAUGGGGUGCUGGUCCGCCCAGACCGGCUGUCGCGCCGCGACCGAGCCGCUCGGCGAACUACGGACGUCGCUCAGCCGGCCCACGUCCCCGUCCUGCGAGGGGAAGCCAUCAUAGCUCGUAGAGGAGAGAACCGCAAGUCCUGGAGCAACUGAGAUGGGAGAGAGGCAAACUCCCCACGGUCCAUCUGCUCUUCCUUGACUCCUAAAAACACAUCAGGCUCUGUCUACUUCCUGGCAACAUGUUGCUGGAAGCUCCACUUUCAAGUCAAAGAAAAAACCAGAUCAGAGUAAAGAGCCUGUGGAGAAUGACUGUUCAGUCCAAUGAAGGGCUGGUUACCACACGGGGGAAAUGAUGCCGUCUGCGGGAAGCUGGUGGCUAGUACGCUGAGGGCGAACGGGAGCCGAAGCGUCCGUUCAGAGAUCCUCUCUGAGUCGAUACGCAGCAAUGCAAACUCGUCACGUCUUUUUAAAACACUAUUUAAAAGAAAAUCUGAUCCAUACUGAAAAAGAUGGAACUUAUAGGAUUAUUUUGGUUUGUUUUACAUAUAAAUAAGGAAUUGGAGGAAAAAACACUUUGACUGAAAGAUUUUUGAUGAGAAAUGUUUGCUUCCCUGCAUAUCGGCUUUCCCCCGAAGUUCCCGAACGCACCACGACGACGACGACUGCCGCCCUCCUGAACUGAGCCUCGUCGCUCCCUUCCUGGACUUUUUUUUCUUUCUUUCUUUUUUUAAAGUCUCCAGAACGUGCCUUUCGCCAUGGUCUGGUUUGUGUUUGCUUUCUGUGUUUUGUCUUACUCGCGUUCCGUUUGCCGUGUCAUGUGUUGACGAGAAAGCCUUGUGCAAAGUGUGAGGUGAUCUCAGGGACUGUAGAGGGGGAGGGGCUUCGUGUGUGUGUUUGUGAAACAUAGUGUGCGUAAAAUAUAUUGUGUCAAAAGAUGAAGCCGCGUGGAAAAAGCCGCCAGAGGUUGGUUUUUAUUAUUUUAUUUUAUUUUCUUUUGCACUGGACACGUUGGAGGGAAAAGCUUCUGCACGUGAGCAUGGAGAGUGCUGGAGAUUUCCGAUGAUGGCUACUGUCGUUUUAAUGCAAGUGUCGACGGAGACGAAGAAGGAUGUGUUUGGUUGGGAGAGUUUCUGCUUGAGAAAAAGCUGAUUUUAUUCUAUGCAUGUGAUUUUUAAAAAAAAAAUCUAACACAACUGGGAAAAUGAGUGCAUUUGGGAGAGCGUCUGCUUGUUUUUACAUUCCAGACACACCUGGUGAAGAAAACUCAGAUAACCUUGGAAGGUUUAAAAUUAGUUUUUAUGAUUUCAUGAAACA